AUGACCCAAGAAACUGCACACACCGUCCAGGACAACAAGCGGUUGUCCAAGAACAAGCAGCCGGUCCGAGUGGUCUUGUUCCCCAACGGCAAGCAUCCGGUGAACGACUUUGCCCUCCCGCCCGUGGGCACCGUCCAGGACAUCGAUUCGCUCACCCGAGCCCAGUUGGUGCAGUACAUGGUGGGGUACCAGUUGGGGUAUAACGACAAGCUUGCCAAUGUGCGGAUGAAGGAGAAGUUGAAGCACGCGGUGGGGCUUGCCGGCACCUACGACAAUAUCUUUAUCUUCAAGGAGAACUAG